CAGCCUCUUCCCCUGGCUCCGCACCGGCCGCAGGAAGGCGCAGCGGGGCGGGGACUGGAGCAGGCAGCGGAGCCUCCCCGGGGCGGGCAGCGCAGCUCCGCCGCCGGCCCGUGCCCCGGCGAGCGCGGCCGCACCGGGCCAUGCCGGAGGGGAGAGCGGUGCCGCAGGCUCCCUGUAGGUCCUGGAAGGUGCUCUGAGGUCUCCCUGGAGCCUUCUCUCCCAGCCUGUCUCCAGAGCAGAGGUGCUCCAGCCCUCUGAUCAUCUCUGAUCUCCUCUGGACCUGCUCCAGCACAUCUCUGAAACAUGAGUGCCGAAACAGAUGCAGUUUCCACAUCUGCUUACUCAUCACCAGCCAAAAGUUUGGGAGACCCUGGAAUAACUCCACUGUCUCCAUCACACAUUGCGAAGGACUCUGAUGCAGACGAUGCUGUAGAACAGUUAUUUCUUGUUGUUGUGGCUAUUGAUUUUGGCACAACAUCCAGUGGCUACGCCUACAGCUUCACCAAGGAGCCAGAAUGUAUUCAUGUAAUGAGACGGUGGGAAGGUGGAGAUCCAGGUGUUUCCAAUCAGAAGACCCCAACCACUAUCCUCCUAACCCCAGAGAGAAAGUUCCAUAGCUUUGGCUAUGCUGCAAGAGACUUCUACCAUGACUUGGAUCCCACUGAGUCAAAGCACUGGUUGUAUUUUGAAAAGUUUAAGAUGAAGCUGCAUACCACUGGUAAUCUUACCAUGGAGACAGACCUGACAGCUGCAAAUGGCAAAAAAGUCAAAGCACUUGAGAUAUUUGCUUAUGCUCUGCAAUUCUUUAAGGAACAGGCAUUAAAGGAGCUCAGUGACCAAGGAGGCUCAGACUUUGAAAACAAUGAAGUAAGAUGGGUCAUUACAGUGCCUGCUAUUUGGAAGCAGCCUGCAAAGCAGUUUAUGAGACAAGCUGCCUACAAGGCAGGAAUGGCAUCUCCUGAAAACCCCGAGCAGCUGAUCAUUGCCCUGGAGCCCGAGGCUGCCUCCAUCUACUGCCGAAAGCUGCGCCUGCACCAGAUGAUAGAGCUGAGCAAUAGGGCACCUGUCAAUGGCUACAGCCCCAGUGACACCAUUGGAGCUGGAUUUACACAGGGGAAGGAGCACGUGCGCCGGAACAGGCAGAGUCGGACCUUCAUGGUGGAAAAUGUCAUAGGAGAGAUCUGGUCUGAGCUGGAGGAAGGUGAUCGGUACAUCGUGGUUGACAGCGGAGGAGGCACGGUGGAUAUGACUGUCCAUCAGAUCAGGCUCCCUGAAGGACAUCUGAAGGAGCUCUACAAAGCAACAGGUGGGCCAUAUGGCUCUCUAGGAGUGGAUUAUGAGUUUGAAAAGCUGCUGUGUAAAAUAUUUGGGGAGGAUUUCAUUGAGCAGUUCAAAAUCAAGCGCCCUGCAGCCUGGGUGGAUCUGAUGAUCGCGUUUGAGUCCCGCAAGCGGGCGGCAGCUCCCGACAGGACCAACCCCCUCAACAUCACCCUGCCCUUCUCCUUCAUUGACUACUACAAGAAGUUCCGAGGUCACAGUGUAGAGCAUGCCCUGAGGAAAAGCAAUGUGGACUUUGUGAAGUGGUCCUCCCAGGGAAUGCUGAGGAUGAGCCCGGAUGCAAUGAAUGCUCUUUUCAAACCUACGAUUGACCAGAUUGUUCAGCACCUGAGUGAGGUGUUUGACAAGCCAGAGGUGACCAACGUGAAGUUUCUGUUCCUGGUGGGCGGCUUUGCCGAGUCCCCCUUGCUCCAGCAAGCCGUGCAGGGCGCUUUUGGCUCGAGGUGCCGGGUCAUCAUCCCGCAGGAUGUGGGUCUGACCAUCCUCAAGGGAGCCGUUCUCUUCGGCCUCGACCCUGCCGUCAUCAAGGUGCGGCGCUCCCCUCUCACCUACGGCGUGGGGGUGCUGAACCGCUUCGUGGAGGGCCGGCACCCCGCCGAGAAGCUGCUGGUCAAGGACGGCACGCGCUGGUGCACCGACGUCUUCGACAAGUUCAUCUCGGCCGACCAGUCCGUGGCGCUGGGAGAGACUGUGACGCGCAGCUACACGCCCGCCAAGCCUUCCCAGCUGGUCAUAGUGAUCAACAUCUACAGCUCGGAGCACGACGGCGUCAGCUUCAUCACCGAGCCCGGCGUCAGGAAGUGCGGCACGCUGCGCUUGGACCUGACGGGGACUGAGGCCUCCGCGCCCGGCCGGCGCGAGAUCAAAACGCUGAUGCAGUUUGGGGACACUGAAAUCAAAGCCAUGGCUGUUGAUGUUGCGACCUCCAAAAGUGUCAAAGUUGGUAUUGAUUUCUUAAAUUACUAACAGCCCUUUUCCCCCCCACCGCAGCCUGUUUGUGAGACUGAUCUUCCAGCGUUCUGUUUUUUGACUUUCCGUCUGUCGUGUCAUCGCCUUGAAUUUCAGCAGGCUACAUGAGAACAGCUAGGAAGGUGGGGUGUGUUGUGUUUGUGUCCUUUGGUGACCAAGGACUGCAUUUUGAAAGACCUUCAAAAAGUUUUGGGAGCAAAAGUUCCAGAGGUAGUAAAAAUUACCAGUGACGUAAAACUUACCAAGUUACUCAAGCAUGCUUAAAGAUCUACCUUUAUAAAGUAAACACUGAUUAUUGUUGGGUCCUGAAGGUUAGUUAAAAAAAUACCAAGUUGUAAUCUCCCUGCCUUGUUAUUCUUCCUCAUCCUCCUGAGAAAAGCUCACUAGCCCACGUGGCUGUUGUAGGGGGGUGUAUCUGUGUGGGAUAUCUGUUUAAACAGCACCAUCCUCUGGCAAUGGGAACAAAUUAGUAGUUUUAUUGUAUUAUUUUGAUUUUGCCCAGUGCUUUCAGAAUUUAAAGUGCUGAAAAUCAAUGACUCAGAGAAAUAGAAUCUAAAUUGCUUAAAUUCUGAGUAAAGAAAAUACCGAGAAAUCCUUAAAAUUGUAUUUAGGAAAUAUGUAUGUGUUUUGGGGGCCUGAUGUUGGUUGCUCCAGUUUGAAAACAAGGCCUUUGUUUUCAAAGCUCUCAGAACAAGCUGUCAGAUUAAUUAGCUAGCAUUGCCCUCAUGCUUCAGAAAAUAAUAUUAAGAACAAACUUAUUUCUCUUUUGGGUCUUCUAAAUGUUUUUUUAUUAGUCUCUAUCCGAAACCACAGAAUCACAGAGUAGUUAAGCUUGAAAGGGACAUCCAUUGACUAUCUGAUAAAACCUCUCCAUUCAUAAGCAGUAUCAGUCAGAGCAAGUUGCUUUUUCCAAUUUUUAUUGUCUCCAAAAUGAAGAUCCCUAAGCUCCAGGCAACUUGUUUGACAACCCUCACUGCAAAAGUUUUUUUUCUUAUGCUUAAAAGGAAUUUCUUGAGUUUAAAUUUGCCUCUUUCUUGCUGCUUCACUGGCUACCUCUGAGAACUCUGGCUCCAUCCUCUUUCCUGCCUGCUCCCAGGCGUUUGUACACAUUCCUAGCAUCCCCUGAGCCUCCUUGAGUCCAGCUCUCACAGCCUCUCCUCACGUGAAAGAUCCCCCAGUCCCUUCCUCCCCUUUGUGACAGCUUCAGCACUUUGCACUUGCCUUUGCUGAGCUCUGUGAGGUUCCUGUCUGCACAUUUCUCCAGCCUGUCAACAUCCCUCUGACCCGUCUGCUUUAUCAAGCACUUCCCCAAGUGAUUGUAUUUCUUUUCUUCAUUCCUGUGUUAAGAUUUGGAAGCACAGCUAGAUGAUGACUGUCCAGAAACAUUUAAACAAUUCUGAAGAGACAAAACAUUCAGAUCAAAAGUACCAUAAUAUAUUUUUCGUAGCAAACGUUUUAAUUCAGUAAAAUAUAUUGCUGGGUUGAGUUGAAUGGCCAAUGAAGUGGAAGGCAGAAGCCAAUAGAAUGAAACUACAAAUAGAAUUAAAUAAAGCAUUCCUUAUCUGGCAGUGAGCACAGAGCUUUUUACACAGGAGAAAUGCACUGAUGGCCAUGGUAGCAUCUUGUUUUCCAAGUAAGAACUUUGUGGAAAUGUUUCCUUAAGCAUGCUCACCUGGCAAUUAUUUUUUUGCAACUAGAAUAAUUUUUAUUUUGCAAAAUGCUACAAGAGGAAAACUUCUGAAACCUACAUUCUGUAUCUGCCAUGAACUGACAACUUCAGAUUCAGAUCCUAAUUCCACUCCAAAUUAGCAGACUGGUACCAAGCUGUAGAAUCACUCUAAAAUGCUGACACUUUUCAUAUCAUUUACACAGAGCUGCCUGAUUACCUGCUGGAAUUCAUGACAUUUUCAAAACUUUGCAACAUUAAUUAUUAACCUGAGCCUUCCUUUUUAAAAAGUUGAGCGUGAGUUAAAUCCAUCACUGACACUUUUUGGAGAUUAAAGUUUUAUCAGUUAUUUCAUUAAUUUAUGUUCCGAUCCCGCACUUAAAACUUUCUGUGUUUAUUCUGGAGUUUUGCCACAGUAGAGAGCUGCAGAACUGAUCCACUGCAUUUUGUCAUUGAGUUUUCUGUGUCUCCUGCAGAAUUCCCUGGUUGAAUGGGAAAUGUGUUCUGCAUUCAGCUUUAAAAUAAAUAAAUAAAUAAAGGACUAUGAAGAAUGCUAGUCACAGUAUCCUGCUGGAUACUUUCUAUAAUUACAAAGUGUGCUUGCUAGCAGUCGAUUUCCUGCUGCCUGCUAAAUGCUUUAAAAGCUAAAUACUGGGAAUUUUUUUGUGUGUGUUGCUUUCCAUGGUUUACAAACAAGAAAAAUUUAAGAUGAGUUAUGAACAAUAUAAUUUUAUGUAUAUACAAUAUUUAAAUAUUGUACAGACUCUUUCUUUCUACAGUGCUAUUUUCUUGUAUAAAAAUGCACUUUGCCUCUGUUGAUUUCAUUCAGCUGUUAAUUUUAAAUAACACAGUUUCUCAAUCAGCUUCUGUAAUUAUAGGCUUUUAAAGAUGGUAAGAUAUGAAAUGUAAAAGGCCAAUCUUAUAAUAACAGGAAAGAAAUGUUCGUGUGUCAGAUAAUACAACAUUCUUCUUGCAAUGCAAGUCAUACCAGCUAAGCACGUCACCCAAAUGCAAUAGUCUGUUGCUGGAAUUUUCAUUUCUUUGUUUCAGAUGGUGACCAUUCCAUCUCCAGCAAUUCUUCAUAAUAAUGGAUGAAUCCUCCUGUAAAACCAAAAAUCAGAUUGUAAAAUCUGGGUAUACAGCUUCUUCACUGGGUUUUGGGUUUUCAAUAAGGAUCUUCUCUAGUUUAAAAAACAACAACAACAACAACAAAUGAAAAACUACCUUCCAAAGCCAGGCAACACUCUUGUAUUGUAGCUGCAGGUAAGACACAGUCUCUGUCGACCACUUCCACCUGCCAAAAACCAAAAUUAUUAUAGAAAAAUAGGCUUUGCUGUCUUGCAUGCUAUGUUAAGCUGAAUCUGUCCAGUUCUGCACAGAUUUGUUUUCAGUGGCCUUAACACAGGAUUUGGUCUGAUAAGUGGCUGCCACCCCCUGUCUCCCCUGUGAAGAGGAGGUGACCUGCAAGAUCAGGUGGCCCCUGAUUUCUGUGCUGUUUCCAGCCUGUCUGCAGGGAAAGCUACAGGUGUUUUCUGCAGCUCUUCUGAAGCUCUUCCCUGCACAGCAGUGAUCCUCUGCCCUUUCUGAUUCACCUUUUGUAAGAUCCCCUCUGGAUCCAAGCAAGGGCUUGUUGCUGAAAUCCCUGACUGUAAAAUGUGGUUUACAUAUUUUUUGCACUUCCUCCUUCAGUCUGAUGAGAACACUAUCAAGCUUAUCUCUGCAGAGCACUGAACUACUGAACAAAGUCCCAGCUGUCUUUGUUGCCCUCUUUCAGAAUGGAAAAGUAGCUUGUCUCUCUAAGGAAUUAGAAUUGUUGAGUAGAAUAUUAUGCUGUGGUCUGUAGACUAUAACCCAGUUAAACAGCUUUACAUUGUAAGAGGCAUGUGGGUGCCCAUUUCAAUAAAGGAUGUUAGGCUGUAAAAUGAAUAUGAAAUUUACUAGGAAAUGAGGCAUUUUUAGAAUUGUAGUUGUGACACUUUUGCAGGACAUUCCCCUGCAGAGCAUUUUUUUGGUAGGGGUUUCAGAUGACAUUGUGCAACUUAAUGUUGAAGAGACAAUAAGGCCAGCUAUCCAUAGGGAAAGCAGAAGGUCUUGGCAGGAGUUUUGCUCUAAGCAGCAACUUGCAAGUUUGGGUCCAAGUUACUGAACUCUAGGCUGAAGUUUAGCAGCUAUUUGUGAUGAAAUGAUUAAUUGUGCUAGAAUAUGAUAAAUGUGCAGUGGUGGUUAGGACAGUUUGCAUUGGUAUGAGUAUGCCAAUAUUCAUAUACAGGAGUUUUAAUGCAUUAUUAUGAGAAGGCUAAUUAUAUAUUGCAGAGAUUUAAUAGCCAAGAUAAGCUGCAUAUUUAUGAUAUGAAGUGGCUUAAGCGGAUGAAUAGUAUAAAAGUUGUUGGGCAUAAUGUCACAGUACUCACCUGCUUGAAAUAGUCUUAAACUAUAUUAUGAAACCAACCAUUGUGGUCUUGUUCACCUCUGUGCAAGAUAAAUUCAGAUUUCACUGAUACUUGGAGCUGUUCACAACUUGUCUGGAUUGUAUCUUGAGUGUUCUUGUGUCUUCAAUCAUGUCAAAUAAAAUACCUUAAACCU